AUGGCCGCAGGGGAAGAAAUCUGGGAUGCUCUCCCAGUAGGGGAAGCAAAGUCUGUUUGGGUUGAGACAGAAAACAAUUUUUGGAAGGACCUCCGCGGCAGAAAAGAAGUAGAAAACAGCAAGAUCGAAAAAGAGUUCCAGCAUUCACUCAGUGAAGUGCGGCUGAAGCUUAGUGAUCUAAAGGGACAGCGAAGUCAACUGAAGGAAUCUCAAGGCCGUUUAGCCAGGGAGCUUGCCAAAGUCGAGGCCGAGUUGGCACGUACCACGGAUGAGUGUGACGAGAAGGCAGAACGACUGGUCCGUAUCGAGCAAGACUAUUACGAGUCGCGCAAAAAGCGAAUGGAAGCCCAAAACGACAUCUGGGCCAAAAUGCGUCGCUUUUUUCGGGAAAAGAGAGGAGAGAACCCAAAUACCCCCGACAACAGGGGGCCCGAGUCAGAGGGACUCGUUCUGCCCGAUAUAUUACCAGAAUUGUCUUCGGCUUCCAACGGGCCAGUGCCACAAAGAGAGCCUAUCAAUGGCUCUGCCGCCGAAGAAAACAAUCAUGCAAACUAUGAUGACCACAUGGAGGGCGUUGAGCAACAUGAUCACGAAACUGCAGAGACCCUUGUCAACGUCGUUGAUGCUGAUGGCAAUGUGAUUGGACCCGUGGAACACAUCGAACCUUGGAAUCAGUGGGUGGAGGGUAUCCAAGAGCUCGAGAUCCGAAGACCAGUGAAGAUUCGAAAAGGACGACGUUUCAACGCAACGCAUCUUGCAACCAUUUACGAACGAGCUGAGGCAAAGGGGGUCAAAUGGCUAUCCUGUAUGAUUCAAGCUACCGGAGAAAUACAGUCCAAACGAUGCCAAUCAUGCGACAAGAACCAAGGCGCCUUUGACGAUUGUAUUAUUGUUGGAGGCGACCUAUAUCAGAAAUGUGGUAACUGCGAGUGGAAUCGUCAAGGGUGCCACGGUGCUUCGGGCGAAACGAUCGACAUAAUCGCCUCAAGGGACAGAGCGCGAGAAAAUAAAGAACGCCAAGUGGAAGAAGACGAAUUACCCGUAGAGGAUUCUCAGGGUAGGGAGUCCCCAACAGUUGAAGUUCAAGCAAGAGAUCGACCGGAUUCUCAACACACCCAGCGGGUCGACGAACAAGUUUCUGUUCAUCCUUCGUCCCUCUCGUCACAGCCUGCUCCGCAGGGCACUGCUGAGCGACUAUCUGAGAGGCAACCAGAGAGACAACCCGAGCCACAGUCUGAACAAGUUACUGCCCAUCAAUCUGACCGACCAGUUGAACGUCAAUUAGAACGACAAUCAGAGCGAAUUUCCGACAAUAUCUCAGAGAGCCUUCAUGAUGUAAUCUCUGCAAAGGUCCCAGAACGAACUGUCGAGGUAGCACCUAUGGCGACCAUGCGAAUCGACGAGCCUCAUGAGAUAGCCCAUAGACCAGUCUACGACCCUUACAGUCGCCCCAGCACUGCCCCCAGAACGGACUAUGCUCCAGAGCGCAUGAUAGAUCCCGUGGAUGUUCAAAGCCAGGUCAGGCCUAUCCAGGAGGUGCCUCGACCUCCACUCCCUUCAAGUGUGCUACGGCAUACUCCUCAGGAUAUACUUCGCCCGUCAUCCGAACGCGAUACCCCUAUAAAAAACUCUCGUGGCUCUGAAAGCAUACGAACACCGCGUGAAUUGGAGCAGGUACCUACUCCGAAGGAGUACCGAGUAACCUCUGGCUUCACACCAGCCAAUGUAAGAAGUCGGCCCCCGUCAAGUGAGCGAGGCCGACCAACUCCACCUCUGUUGCCAGCCGGUGAUCCUUCUUCGCAACCCCCAGAAUCACCGCCUGCUGUUGCCGAAGAAGAGAUCACUCGUGAAAACAUGGUUCUCAAGCAUGAUGGAGUAGUCUACACUUAUCCUGAGUGCGUAGAAGGAGUGCCUUUAGUCAAGAUCAAUGAGAGCCACCCCUAUUGGGAGCGUAACUGGCAAAAUGUCAAGGAGCUUAUUGAGCCCCAACUUGCUCGAUGGCGCGAGAAGCAUCAAGCCGCCGUCGAUGCUGGCCCAAAGCAGGAGAAGGGUGGCUCUUCCAAGUACCAAAUUGGUAGGCAGGUUAAUCGUGGGAUCAAGAUCCUUGACUUCCACGAAAAAGGCCCCAUCAGUCCUUAUCAGCUACUCGGCAAGAAAUACAUCCAGUCGGGUAAAGGUGGCAUUACUUCGUAUGACACUCUAUUCCGCCUUUCAGAGACGAUAUCAGAACUUGAGAAAUUUAACCUUGAUAUCUCGCCAGUCGACUGGCUGCGACAACGUCUUCACGAGCUGAUGCAAGCCGGGGGUGCCAAUUUCAAUCUACCAAAAAUAAUUCAUGACUUCUACCAUGACAAAAAGUUAACCGCUCUUCGCUACAAACAUGGCUUCAAGAACAUCGGACGUCCUUCUGGAGUUAUGAAAUCGCGAAUAAGCCAUGGUAGCCCCAGCACUACCCCGAAGCCUCUCCAGAAGAGGAAGUCCAUGCAUUCGGGUCCCAGCACGCCUCGAGAAGAUUCUUUCAUUGAACAGUCCCCAAUACCUAGUCAGCUGCCCCCAACGCUCCCAGCAGUCGUGCCAAGUCCUCAGCCAGCCUUCAGUACACAUCUGAACAAGCGACCCAAAUAUUUACCACCUAUAUCAGGUCCGGUUCAUGACGAGUUUCACUUUGAGGCUUGGUCGGAUACAGAUUCGUGCAGUGGUGGUCAAAUCACUAAGUAUGAUUGGCGUCUAGCUAAAGUCAAGAGUCGCCUGUAUACAAGCCACAGCAGCGUCACGCAAUACUGGACUUGGAUAGACCAGAUACAAUGCUUCCAGCAUCAGGUGCUUAGAGACAUGCAUCCUGCCAAGUGGGGACUAUUUAAAGAUGAGAUCGAUUUUCAUGUCUACCUGGAUGAGAUUCAGGAGAUGGUGUGGAACAUCGAGGCGCUUCGUGUCCACAUCAUCGUGAAAGAAUCAGAGAGUGUCAAUGCCCCAGAUGGUAAGCCUCGAGGAGAUGUGAUGGCAGCUUUCUCGCGAGCACGCACCAUGCGUCGGUUUUUGUUCUUUUGCAGAGAGAAAGGGGUUCAGAUGACCAAGCACUCUAUUGAGGAUCUUGAACUUCGUUGGCAAAGCAUGGUUUCAGAACAAUUGCCAGGUCGAGGUGACUCAAACCAAAGAUUGGUGGAAUCAGCCUGA